AUGACGGGCGAGGAGGCCAAAGGUCAAAAAGGUCGACAAGGGGGACAAAACAACGCGCGACGAAACGAGAGGAGAGCGAAGGAGAGGGAGACUCACGUGAAGGAGGGCGACGCGAACACGAGCAAGCACGCCACGAGCGAGAACGCGUUCGAUACUUGCACGGGUGCGUUCAGCGUCACGGAUGCUUCAGGUGAACCACUACCAUUUCCUGUAGUUGUAGAGUUGGUGUUGCUGUUGUCGGACAUGAGGGUUGAGGCGGCUUGA